GCUUCUGAUGAAAUCUGAAACCAGGAGUAAUGAGGUCAAAUUGCAAAGCUUUCAUAGUCCACAUUAUGGAUCAGGAGUGACUGUGCCAGGAUUUGUUUGCAUCAUGAAUAGGUGUUAAAAUAAAUACCAAGCCAAGGAGCAACUGGGAAGGGGUGAUUGGAGCAUGGUGCUUAUUCCCAAGUAAAUGGGUUUAACAUCAGGGCAACAGAAGCAGAAGUUGAUUUAUUCCGGUAGUCAGAUAGUGCUACGAUUUAAUUAUCUAUAGUACAACUUUAUAGACACAAACAUGCAAGACCAUAAAAAGAAAAUGGGUGACUAUGCAGAGACUAAUGUGAAAAUACCUUUUGGAAGCAAAUAUCUAGAUGCUGCUUUCUCUAUCCCUGACAAGAUACUACCAUAUGCUGUGAUUCUCACUCAUGGAGCAUCUGGCGAUAUGAAUUUCUCUCACCUCAUAUCCCUGGCAAACUACCUUGCAUCUCAUGGGUUUCUUUGUCUGCGAUUUACCUGCAAAAGCCUUAACAUCAUCCAUAGAGCUAAAGCAUAUAAGGCAGUUGUGGAGUAUUUAAGAUCAUCAGGUGACUACAAGCUUUCUGGCAUUUUUCUGGGAGGCCGUUCAAUGGGUUCACGUGCUGCAGCCUCUGUGACACAUCAAGCUGACCAAGAUAAUGAUAGUUUCAUUCAAGGCCUGAUAUGUUUGUCUUAUCCACUGCAUCGACCAAAGCUUCAGACUAAGCUUCGGGAUGAAGAUUUAUUAUUCAUUAAGUCCCCUGUGCUAUUUGUGUCUGGAACUGCAGAUGAAAUGUGUGAUAAACAACUUUUGGAAGGUGUUGCAAUUAAGAUGAAAGCACCUAAGAAAAUUCACUGGAUUGAAAAGGCAAACCACAGCAUGGCAGUGAGAGGACGAACUGCUGAUGACAUCUUGUUGGAAAUAAAUAUGCAGGUUUUGUCUUGGAUCAAAGAAAUCACUGUGUAAGAACACAAGCAAUGGCCAACUUCUAAAUAGCAUCUGCAUUCUGUAUACAAAUGAUUGGUAACACCUUUUUAGAAGAAUGAAAUGUUUUCAGCCAACCAGGAGUAGCAUUUUGACAAAUAAAAAACUUGGAUCUCUUCUAUAAUUUCA